UUGUUGAUAAGCAAAUCAAGAACACAACUCAACGAACAAGAAAAUGCGAAAGGAUGUUUUAAUUAAUUUUGCCUUCGAUUGUACUAAAAAAUCGAAUUAAUUUUGUUAAUUUGAAUUAUUAUCGUAAUUUUAUCUGAAACUACGAAGAUUUAUUGUUUUAAUUCCUAGUUUUUAUUGUUGUUUUAUCAAUUUGAAAAGUGAGGUACCGUACCACGAAUGGUGUAAAAAAAUGUCCGGUACGUCAAAGAUACCAGAAGAAAUUUUGGACGACUUGAGCAGUCGAUUCAUCAUCAAUAUUCCGAAGAAUGAGAGAACCGGAUUGAAUAGAGUUUCAUUUCAAAUUGAACUAGCUCAUUGGUUCUAUUUGGACUAUUAUUGCGUUCAAAAUCCAUCUUUGAGACCUUACAAGCUGAAAGAAUUCUUCAUCUAUAUAUUUCAGCAUAUUCCAUUUCUUAAAAAGUACGAAGCUAAUAUCGAUAGUAUUUAUAACCAGUGGAGAGAAUACAAACAACUAGUGCCAACUUUCGGAGCAGUUCUGAUAGAUGACACACUUUCGCAUAUUUUAUUAGUACAAGGUUUUAUGGGCUCGUGGGGUUUUCCUAAAGGAAAAGUUAAUCAAGAAGAAGAUCCUGUGGAUUGUGCUUGUCGUGAGGUAUUUGAGGAGACUGGUUUAGAUAUUACGAAAUUAAUUCAGCCGGAUGAAUAUGUAGAAUCGACUAUUCACGAUCAGCUGAAUAGAUUAUAUUUUAUCGUCGGUAUUAAUAAGAACAUCACAUUCGAACCUCAGACUAGAGGUGAAAUUAAAGCUGUCAAAUGGUUUCCAAUUGAAGAGUUGCCGAUUUCUAAAAGAGAUAUUGUAGCGAAUGCUAAAACACACGGAACGAGAUAUUUCUUCAUGGUUAUACCUUUCAUGAAGCGAAUCAUCAACUGGAUCGAGGAUAUGAAAAGAAGAAAAUGUAAUAAACGUAUCGAACGAUCAAAACGCAAAUCUGAAUCAGAAUACCCAAAUAAUAAAACGAAGAAACCGCCUACUCCGAACGACAAACGAAAGUCGCAAUUUGUUAAUAAAAUUAUUCAAAUGGAUCAGUCUUUCAGUGGUUCGUAUAAUUCUGAAAUGGAUACCACGGAAGAAUUCAACCAAUCAUUCAGUAAUUUAAGCGCUUCUGAUGCGAAGUCCGGCAGUUUAUCGAAGAAAAAAUUACGAAAUUUUCAACGAAAUCUGAAUCGUAAAAAUAAUUUUGAUUUGAAGAAACAAUUAGAAGUCGGCUCCGAACACUGGAAAAACUUUCAUUUCGAUAGAGAAAGAAUUCUUCGUCAUUUACAAUAAUUUAUCUUAGACUUUGUGUUUUUAGUUGACUAUGUUUUCGUGACGAUAUUUGAAUUUUUGUACAAGGAGUUACCGCGACUGAUUUUUUAAAAAUUGAUUUAUAACGAAGAAGAUACACUUUGAUUUCAAUCA